AGUUGUAACAGGUGGUCUCUGAUAAUUGGCCUUGUCAUAAUUGUGGCUCUUAGUGUGGGCGCGUGGUUUCUGAGCCCAAAGGGCGAGAAUCAAACGAUCUGGAGAAAUACUUUGAUCCUGAGUUUUGCUAGUUGCUACAUUAUGUGGGCAAUCACCUUCCUCGCCCAGUGGCACCCUCUGAUCGAGCCUCGAAUGGCCAAAUUACGACACGGCUAUCUCGGUGGCAGUUAA